AUGUCCCCGCACAAACCAAGCUCUACCAGCCACACGUCAACAUCAAAGCAGCCCUUUUGGCACGGCGCUGGCAUCAGGUCUGCACUCUCCUCUGCCAUCUCCAUAUUCCAGCCUGGAACCUCGAGACCCAGCAGACCCCCAAAACAGGUCCAGGAUCAGCAGCAGCCGCAUCAGCAGGAGAAACUCCAGCCUCACCUCGAGGAUCAUCAGCCUCAGGAACAAACUGAUCCCAUCCCAAUCCCAAUGUCUUCUUCUUCACCCACCCCUGAUGGCGAUCCUACGCACAGCACUUACGAGGUCAAUGUUCCCGUCCGCAAUGGACGAACAUCUGAACCAAAAGUUGCAAACCCUGAGAUUCGCAUACCAAGGAUAAAGCCAGUAUCAGAGAGCACAGGCCAAACAGACUCAGACUCAAAAACACAAUCACAAUCACAAUCACAAUCACAAUCACCUGAAAAGUUGGCUGCUGGUCUAGACGGCAAAUACGUCGAUGAGUUUGGCAACAUUCUAGACUGGGACGGUACCGUCCUCGGCCGUGUAGAAGGCGAUCUCCCGUCCAUGGUAGGACGGCCAGUCAUGCCGAAUGGACAGGUCCUCGACGAGGACGGCGAAGUGGCCGGUCACGUCUGCGAGAACUACAUCAAGCCUGCCCUCAAGCCACUUGCAGCAGGUGGACUCAAAGUCGAUGAUGAGGGAAACAUCUAUGAUGACCAGGGCAACAGGAUUGGCAAGCUCGACAAGCCGAUGCCGUCCCAGGACGGAGCCGACAAACUUUCCGAGAACAGGGACAAGGAGAGGGAACAGGCCCAGGGUGCUGGGAGUACUAACAACGCAAAUGCAAAUGCAAAUGCGAACGCCCCAAAGCCACCAGGUGCUCCAAGGCCUGACGAGCUGUUCCUGGACGUCAAGUCCACGUAUGAUGGUAUUCAGCUCAUCAUUAAGAUUCCGACUGUCUUCAAUAGGAACCUUGUAGCUGAGACAAAGAGCAGUGGUAGUCAGACUGAGACAACUGAUAGCGAUAAUCGAUAA